AUGCUGUUGAGUCCCGUCAUGUCCGGCGACAUGUCUGACGACGACGCCGGGCCGCUGUCCGUCGCCGACUGGCAGCUGCCCGACGCCCCUUCGCCUGCCGACAGUGCCCAUUCCGACGCCGAGUUCGACGACCGCGCCGCCACGGACCCCUCCGCGCCGUCGCAGCCCAUCCAGAAGCGCCGCCGGGUUACGCGCGCCUGCGACGAGUGCCGCCGCAAAAAGAUCAAGUGCGAUGGCAAGCAGCCUUGCACGCACUGUUCCGUCUACAGCUACGAGUGCACCUACGACAAGCCUUCAAACAGGAGGAGGAAUCCCGCUCCACAGUACAUCGAAGCCCUCGAGAACCGUCUCCAGCGCGCCGAGAACAUGUUGCGCAAGUUCAUGCCCGACGUCGACCUCGCCGACCCCAACCUCGACCCUGCCAUCCAGCAGGAGUUCCAUAACCGCCAACGGGCUCGCGCCCACGCCGCCAAGCUGCGCGCCAGCCAGGCCGACGAACCAAGUACCACCAACGAUGCGAAGCUGAUAACCAUGAUCGACUCGAUUGGCCAGCUGGACCUCGACGACAAGGGCGGUUGGGAUUUCCACGGCACCUCCUCAGGCGCCGUCUUCUUGAGGAGAAUGAAGGAUCACUUCCGCGGCAUGUUGGGCCCCAUGUCCAAGGCCCCGUUUCUGCCCCGGCCCGACCGACCCCCGGGCUUGGUGACACUCGAUUCGCCGUCGCCUGGCGGGAACUCGCCCUUCUCAGCCAUGUCGUCCUACCCUGAGCUGCCGUCCAAAGACGUCGCCCGCAAGCUAUGCUACUACUCGCUAAGCUGCGCCACGUGCCUCGUCCGCAUUAUCCACGUCCCUUCCUUUACCGAGCGAUUCGAGCAAAUCUACGACCGGCCUCUCGACAGUCUCAACCAAGAGGAUACUCACUUUCUGGGCCUUGUCUACGCUGUCCUUGCCCUCGGCUGCAUGUAUAACAACUUGGACGAUGCCAAGCCCGAGAGCGGUGCUUACAAGGCAGCCAUUGACGAGGGUCUCAAGUACUACAAGACCGCUAGAGCGCUCUUGCACGAUCUUGCCGAGUGCCGGGACAUUGUCUCCCUCCAGGCCCUUCUCUUCAUGAUUCUGUUCCUCCAGGCCACGUCGAAUCUGAGCCUGCACAGACACCUGCAGCACGAGAAGAUCGGCGUGUUGGAACAAGAGAUCCGAAGACGUGUCUUUUACGUGAUCCGGCAAAUGGACAUUUACGUGUCGACGAUGCUUGGGUUUCCUCUCCUCUUGAACAUUGACGAUGUCGACCAACUUUACCCGACCGAGGUUGACGACGAAUACAUCUCGAGCACCGGAAUCAUUUCGCCCCCCCCAGGAACGCCUUCUUUCUUCGAAGCAUUCAAUGCGCAGACCCGGUUGAUGGAAAUCUUGGGCAAGAUUGCCAAGCAUGUCUAUCCGAUGCAUGGGCAAGGGCAGCCCGUCGUGAAGGGUGACAAGUCCUCGACGACCUAUCUCAUCAGCUACGCGCGAAUCAAGGAGAUCGAGACUGAACUUCAAGGGUGGUACGAGAAGCUUCCGGAAAUGUGGCGGCCAAGCCCAGACGGCGCGAUCGAAGUCGUACGGGUGCGGCACCUCCUCCGUUUUGCGUAUGCCCACGUUCAGCUUGUCCUCUACCGGCCUUUCCUACACUACAUCUCACCACGCCUAAGCCAAACGUCCAAGGUGGACGAGCUGUCUUAUGCCUGUGCCGCGGCCGCCAUCAGCGUGUCGCGAAAUAUUGUCCACAUUGGCUUGGAGAUUCGCAAGCAAGGGGUACUCAGCGGACCAUACUGGUUCAUGCUCUACACCGAGUUUUUCGCCAUUCUCUCCCUCGUCUUCUACGCCAUCGAGAACCCGGACAAGCCGGGCACCCAAGAAGUGCUGGCGGAUGCGCAGGCUGGGCGCCAGAUGAUUGCUGACCUGGCCGACAAGAGCAUGUCUGCGGACCGUGUAACGAACGCUCUCAAGCCCUUAUUCGAUCAGUUACCGGGAAAGCUCGAGCAAGCACGUACUCGACCUACGCCUUCUAGGAAGAGGCCUGCGGCGGCAACCGGGGCGGAAUCGGGUCUCUCGCAUCACGCCCCCGUGACGCCGAGCUUAUCAACGCAGCGAGCCGACGAUUUUCUUCGUGCAGGGCCCCCGACUCGGCAGACAGCCCCGUUUGCCUCACCAAACUCGCAAACCUCGGCUGACACGACCGAGAGUGUCUUCCCAGACUUGUCCUUUGCAGCAAGCGUGCAGGACAUCAUCCCGAUGGAUUUGUCGUCGCGGGCAACUCCGGAUUCGACAAGCACUGGGAGCUCCCAUCGGCACAGGUUCUUGUCGCAGUCGCUCGGCAUUCACGGUGCGCAUAACCCGGUCAACAAGCUGGACUCGCUCAUGUUCCCGUCCGACGACCCAUUUGCCUAUCCCAACCAGCCAAUGAUGGAGCUGGGUUUCCAGCCCAAGGCAGAGAGACCGGCGGUGCCGAUGGCUGCUCCCGGCCAAGACACGCCCUUUUUCUUUCCGACAUCGUUUGACGAAAUCGGGGACCAACUACUGAACUACCCCCCGCCAUAUAUGAUGCAGCAACAGCAGCAACGGCAGCAGCAACAGCAGCAGCAACAACAGCAGCUUUUUGGUCUCACCGGGAAUCCAUAUGAUCCACACAAUAUGCUGGCGAUGCAUACCGCACAACAUCACCAGCAGCAGCCGCAGGCGUCUCAAUCGCAACCGCAACUGCAAACGCGGUCGCAUAUACAACAGCAGAGCUCCGCAGGCAUAUUCUCGGGCUUCCGGCGAGCACGUGCCGAUCGACAACAAGUGAGGCAAAUCGAACAAAUGUUUACGCAGCAGGGCAUGCAGCCCGACUGGGGAAGUUUCUUUGGUUCUGGGAGAGGAGGAUUCCAAGGGAUGUGA